AUGGAAUCUUGCGUGAUAUUCUGCAGCGAGGAUCUCAAUUGUAAAAGCAUAAACUUUUACCGAAAGGCAAAGACUUGUGAUUUGAAUAACGUGAGUGCGGAGACGUCCCCAGAGAGCAUGGUGGAUUUUGAAUUGGCAAUGUACAUGACUAACGCCUUUUUAAUGCCUUGCUUCUUUGACGCUGAAUGCAAACUGCCACAGGAGAUAUGUGAGCUUGUGGAGGGCGGCAGAAAAUGUAAAGCAUGUAUGGAGGCCCUUGGUAUGGAAGAUGGAAGAAUUCCAGAUUCAGCUAUAAGUGCUUCAUCGUUUGUGAACGAGGAUACACAUCCCAGACUGGUUCGUCUGAACUCCCCUUCUGCAUGGGUUGCAGCUUACAAUGAGCUUAAGUCCUGGGUUCAAGUUGACCUCGGAAGGGACGCAAUGAUCAAGAAAAUCGCUACCCAGGGGAAGCGCGGUUCCUACCUUUGGGUAAAGACUUACACGCUUUCAUCACGUGCCAACGAAGAGACUGAUUGGUUGACGUAUAGAGAGAACGAAGAUGUGAAGCAGGUAUUUCAGGGUAACAAUGAUCAGGAAACGGUGGUAUCCCAUGUGUUACCACAGCACAUCAGGGCUCGUUUUGUCAGGUUCUGGCCCAAGACUUGGACUCAUAAAUACAGAGCCAUGAGGGCAGAGCUGUACGGCUGUUUUCUUCAGUAACUGCUCCGGCCCUAAUACGAUUAGAGAGGCAAAUUCGUAACUUUCAAUUCACCAGGAAAUUAAUUCAAGCCACAAAUAGUUAGAUCAGUAGCACGCAAUGUA